GUGAGUACUGUCGAAUCGAAAACGUUGGAUAAUAGACUAGUUGGAGCACCCAGAGUCACAUGUGGUCCGGACGCUAUUCGAGUGAGUGGCGAAAGCGAGGAUGUAUUUGAGGGCCAGCCCACUCAUGGUCUCGAGCUGUUCUCCGUGUUCGUUUUCGCUUUUCACCCUUCGUUUGUAACGGCUGGUGAUCGUGCUUUCGCCGUUCACUGCCUUUUUCAACAGGAGCAAAUCACAGUAUCGGCUCGGUUCGACUUUAUAAGUGAAAUCGUUCCAAAGGCAAUAGUUGGUGUCACGUACUCACAACCAAAAGUCAACUUCACAAUUGUGCAGGGAAGAGUUCCAAAUGGAGCCAAACUCGCCAACCAAGUCUCUGUCGGAGAGCCUCUGAUGUUGGUCUGGGCUCUCGACGAUACGUCGAAGCUUUAUGGUCUACGAAUGUUGGACUGUACUGCUGAGACUCACGACGGACGUGGAAUGAGCAUUAUCAGGGAUGGGUGCUCCAUUGACACCACGCUGAUUUCGGAUAUCAGGUACUCGGAUGAUCAUCGACGGGCGUUCGCUGAUGCGAUAGCCUUCAAAUUCCCCGAUCUCGCAGAUGUGUGGUUCAGAUGCGUCGUACGGUUCUGCAUUAGGAGGUAAUCGGACCACCUGCUACUCACUGGUAAAUCCGAAGAGCACCUUUGCGACACCACCUCAAAAUGCAACGACAAUACGCGUCGAUUCCGGCGGAGCGCAGGAGUGAGCCAUAGCGACGAAAGCGUCAUCGUCGUCACGGGGCGAUUGACUGUCGGUGGCGACGAUGUCGUCUACAGCCAUGCUGCUCAAGUGUCGACAAAUGAGACAUCCACAGUCUGUCUGACAAAGAACACUGUGGCGCUGGGAUCCGCCAUUUCGGCGACCGUCUGCAUUUCCACGCUGCUCACCAUAGGAUCGCUGAUAUACUCGAAAGUGAAGCUCACCUCGAGCCACUCCUGA